AUGUCAUCCAACUGCAUGCAAGAUUUAAAUCCUAUUGUGAUUGAUAAUGGUUCAGGUAGAAUCAAGGCCGGUUUUGCUGGUGAUGGCCAACCAAGCAUAAUUUUUUCCACUGUUAUUGGCCGUCUAUGUCAUUCCACAAUUGUGCCCGAAACCAGUCUCAAAGAUCAAUAUAUUGGAGAUGAAGCAAUAAAAAACAAAGAAAUUCUAUCGAUUCAUUAUCCAAUCGAACAUGGUAUUGUUACGAAUUGGGAUGAUAUGGAAAAAAUUUGGCAUCAUACAUUUUAUAAUAAACUUCAUGUUCUACCAGAAGAACAUCCAGUUUUGCUUAGUGAAGCACCAUUGAAUCCUACAGCUAAUCGUGAAAAAAUGGCACAAGUUUUUUUUGAAACAUUGAACACACCUGCUAUUUAUGUGGCAAUGCAAUCUAUUCUUGCAUUUUAUGCAAGUGGUAGAAUAGCUGGAGUUGUUCUUGAAAUUGGUGAUGGUGUUGCACAUUCAGUACCAAUUUUUCAAGGUUAUGUUUUGCCAAAUGCAAUUAAUCGUCUUGAUUUAGCUGGACGUGAUUUAACUGAUUUUAUGGCUCGAUUAUUAGCCGAACGUGGUUAUGCAUUUACGACGACAGCUGAACGUGAAAUUGUUCGUGAUAUUAAAGAAAAACUCGGCUAUGUUGCAUUAGAUUUUGAACAAGAAUUAGCAACUGCAAAUCGUUCAAAUGGCAUAGAGAAGAAUUAUGAAUUACCAGAUGGUCAAAUCAUCAGUAUUGGUAAUGAACGUUUUCGAUGUUCGGAAGCUCUUUUUAAACCGAUGAUGAUUGGUCAACAAGAAUUAGGUAUUGCUGAAAUGGUUUAUAAUACAAUAAUGAAAUGUGAUAUUGAUGUACGAGAUCGAUUGUAUCGUAGGAUACUCUUAUCAGGAGGAACAACUGUCAUGUCGGGUUUGGUGAAUCGAUUGCAUAAAGAAAUGAUAGCAUUAGCUCCGCAUGUAACCAAGAUUCGAGUAAUUGCCGAAUCAGAACGAAAUAUUGCGGUGUGGCUUGGUGGUUCAAUUCUUAGUUCAUUAUCAUCAUUUCAAAGAAUGUGGAUAACAAAACAAGAUUAUAAUGAAUUCGGUCCAUCGAUUGUACAUCGAAAGUGUAUGUGA